GCCGAGACAUUCGCCUCUCGACCGCGACCAUGAGAGCACUCAACUCUCGACGCCCACGGUCAACCGCGAGCAUCCACCGGCUCGCGCCUCUCUGUUUCUUCCUUCUGCUUUGCGUCCUUCACGCACGAGCGCGAAGUGUGCCUCACGAUGACGGUGGGGUCAUCGCGGACCAAGUGCACGGCAAGAUUUCGGAACCGGUAGAGGUGAGUGAUCCUGAGGGCGUAAACAAGGAGGAUGUGAAUCCGGCACGGAAAAGCUUGGUGGGAGCAGAAGUCUACACAGAACAUGACGCGGAUGAAGAUGAAGAUGAAGAUGUUAGCCACGAAGAAAGGAAUAAUGCAGCGGAAGAGGUGCUCGGCGAGGAGCCUGAAAAGAUCCAGGUCGAGGCUGCCGGUGAUGAAGGUAGCGUGGCGAAAAAAAGGCGACGGAACGACGUGAGCCUUCCCGAUAAGCCUGUGUCGCAGGAUGGCGAGAAUGUCGCGCAGAACAUCGAGGAGAAGAACGAAGGUAUUCGACGAUUUGACGCUCAGGUCGAGUCUGACGAUACGUCUGCGGACCAACGGACAAUACCGGAAAGUAUCACAGAGGAGAAUCCGGAGUCGCAAGGAGAUACUGUCGAGAUCAACGUCGAGGAAUUGCACGCGGAUGUGAAAAACGUGAACGGCGAUGAAGAUAAGGCGGAGCAGGAAGGAGAGAAGUAUGUUGACACUUCCUCCAAUCUUGAGGAGAAUCACGAGGACGUUGCCAGCUUGAAACAGACGGAGGAAAUAGAAACGGUGCAGACUGAAAAAUUGGCGGAACAUAAUUUGGAUGAGGCACAAGCGGAGAAUAUCGAGGGUGUGAAUGAAAAUGUACGCAACGAGCUUCGUAGCUUGCAGCUCGCACAAGUGCAAGAAACCGAAAGUAAUCAAGAGGAGCAUGUCGCCGACGAGGUUUCGAACAACGAAGAGAUCGGUGACAAAGAUCUGGAUAAGAACAGAGAGAAUAGAGCCAAAGUUUCAGGUAAGUCCAAGUACAAGAGUUCGACUGUCUACCUGAAUGCUGAAGAGGGCAAUUUGCCUGCUCGCGAGCAAGAAUCGAUCGUAGACGGUCAAAUAAAAAAAUUGAUAUCUAUACGAAAUGACGCUCUUGAAUCCGUCGUUAACGAUGCGAAACAAUCGGAAAAAUUAGACGAAAAAAGUUUUCUUUCAGAAAAAUCGGUGGAGGUCGACGCGGUUGCCGCUGAAAAAGACGAAGAGAUUCGCAAUCAACGUAGCGGCGAAGUGAAAACGACUCAGAGUGAGAAUCUUGAUGAAUUAUCUCCAACGACGGAAGCCGAUUUGAAUCGGUUUCAAAAAUGGAAGAGUCAAGUCGCGUUUCUUCAAGAACAAAUCAAGAAUAGAACGUUCCUGCAACAUUUGAGAGAGCAGGCAAUCGAGGUGCUCCCCGACAUUCCAAAAUUCACGGAAAAUCAGUUGCUGGACGUUUUGAAGAAUAUCGUGCUAACGCGGAAGUCACCUGCGAACGAAACGUACUCGGCUAGUUUGGACGCGGCCGAAUUGACGGAGAAUCAAUUGGAAAUAAUAAAGUGCGCCGAGCAAUUGGUGGAGACGAAGCAGCGGCAGUCGUUCGUGGAGAACGUGGGGGAAUGCGUUCGCGGUCUCAGCGUCCUGAAUUGCAUUCGCAUCUUCGUUUGGCCCGUUGUGCUCGACAAUGUCCCGGAAUCAGUCAAGCAGUCUCUGGACUACGUGCCAAUCGAGAUAAACUUGAUCGAUUUAUUUCAGGGUAACAGGGCCAAGUCCGCGAGGUCCUGGGAGAGCGGCGUGCAUCGUCCGAGGCUGCUGACGCCCGAGUUCGUUGUCUUCAACAUUCUGAAGGGCGCUCUGGAAUCGAAGGUCACCUACGAUCUGGCGCCGGCUUUCAUCGAUCCGACGAACGAAACCCUGAGGGCACUGCUCACCGUCGGCCAGCUCCAGAUUCUACAGAUGGCCGAGAAACUCUUGCCCGGUGAGAUACGUCGCGAAUAUUCCGACAGGAUGUUCUCGUGUGUGCGCAGAUUCGAGUACUUCAGCUGCGUCAAGUACUUCGCCUGGCCGAUGGUGAAGCAGUAUUAUCCGACGCUGCCGGCAUUCCCGGACUAUCAGAGCUGGUAUCCGUCGAUAGCGUUGUACCCGCAGUAUCCCAUCGUACCCUUCCCCAGUUUCGCGGGCGAGCUUCCGGAAGUCAUUGAGGCCGACGCUACGAGAAUGCGGAAGCCUAAGCCGGAAGCGGUGAUCGUGAACAUCCUUGAAAAUACCUUGAAAGAACACGCGAAGGUGCCGCCUCCGGCUGUUGCUCACAGCACGGAUUCUUACGUCGCUCUACUCCCUCCGGAGCAAUUAUUGUCGAUCCACAUGGCUGAACAGUUACUUCCCAUCCCGUAUCGUCCAGAAUUCGUUCAGAAAACUGUUAAGUGCAUUCAGGAAUUCAACUAUGUAACUUGUAUUAAAUAUUCCACCUGGCCGACGGUCAAGCAAUUUAAUCCCGGAUUAUCUCUACCGGAUAUUUCCGAUUGGCUACCGGACUGGCAGUUGCCCGAUGUCUUCGGCUAUUUUCCGACAUUUUCACUUCCCGAUUUUUCUUCGUUUCUACCGCCGAUUUUCGGAACCCGACCACCGACUACACCGACUCCACCGGCUACGCCGAUUCCGCCAACCGAAAAACCGCAAUCCGGUGGUUCCGCCACAGAAGGAUCGGCUAGUCGGAUUUCCACAUCUCAUAAAAAUGAAAUUUCUUUUAAAACAUCCAGCGAAUUAGAGAACAAAGUUACAGAGAUUUUAACAAAGGUACGUAAUUCUCUGAAAGCGACACCAAAAAAUUCGCAUUUUGUUGUCAACGAAAACGUAAUUGUUCUGACAACCAUCACUGAGAAACAACAUAACAUAUUACGAUUAGCGGAAAGUCUGAUACCGCCUCCGGCUCGGGCUCCUCUUGUCGCUCAAGUUAUAUCUUGCCUUCAGGCGAACAACGUUUUUCUCAACUGCACCAGGUACAUCAUUUGGCCGACAGUCGCUCUUUACGUUCCUAAUUUUCCCGAGUUUCCUGAUUUAUCAUCUAUUCAACAACCAUCGAAACAAGAAGAUCAAACGCCACUGAAGGAUAAGGACGCCUUGCAUCAGACUAUCAAGGAUCAGCAGGAGUGGAAUAAAUUGCAGACGAAUUCUAACAUAAAGAUUAUCUCCAGGACGAAUAUUCCACAGAAUAACGGGCCUGUGAUCAGCGUCACUGGUACUCGAUUCGUGCCAAUAUUCACGGAACAUCCUGAAUCAGUGAUACUCAACAUUCUCAAGACGGUUCAGCUGUCUUCGCCAAACGUUCGAGAUGAUCCGAGCAUCAAGAUCACCAGUACGCAAAAGUUCGACGAUCUGUUUAAUGAUCAGCAAUUAACUAUUCUUAAGAUAGCAGAGAGCUUGCUACCCGAUGCAGCUCGUCCUGCUUUUGUCGAUCGAAUGACAGAGUGUGUUCGCAAGGGCGAUUUUCUGGAAUGCUCGAGGAGCGUGUUGUGGCCGAGUUUACUGGAGUAUUUCCCUAGACUUCCCAGCUUCCCGAAUUUCGGAGGACAUCUUCAAGCGGCAAACAGUAAGGCCACGUUACCUCUCCAGAAUCUGACUGAUCCAUCGCCUUUCUCGGAGACUGACGUUAAAGUCGGCCAGCACGGAGACGCUACCGUUACCAUUACGGACACUAGAUUUUUUCCGAUAUUUUCGGAACAUCCGGAAGGCGUAAUUUUAAGAAUUCUUAAGGCCGUGCAGCAUUCUACGCCGGGUGCUGUAACUUCGCCGGUUACUUCGAGAUCACCGCAGAUUGCGAGUUAUUUCACGGAGCAGCAAGGUAACAUCGUUCAGGCCACAGAAAGUCUGUUACCGGAAUCAAUAAGGCCAGUCUUCGUGGAGAGAAUGGUCACUUGCAUUCGAGAGAGCACGUUCCUUGAGUGUACGAGGAAUAUAGCUUGGCCAACAGUUGCUCAAUUUUUCCCGAGGCUGCCAAACUUUCCCAAUUUUGGAAACUAUCUGCAGACUCUGCCGAGGACGAAACUCGAUUUAUCGUCGAUCCUGCUACGCAACGCUUACUCCGAUAAUCAGACGUCUAAUGAAAAGAGUGAAAAUACACCGACGACUGCUGUAGAAACGAUUGAGGAUAAAAUAGAGAGUGUAUUGAAGGAGCUGCUGAGCAAGAACUCGUCGCCGCGUUUGGAAAAUUCCUAUCUGGAUGUCGAUAAUCCUGUGAUAGGCACUCUUUUGACUGCUCGGGAAAUGAAUAUUGUUAGAUUAGCGGAGAGAGCGUUGCCGGAUUCGGUACGUCGCGAUUAUGUAACCAACAUGCUGGAAUGCGCGAGAAGCAAUAAUUUCAUAAUCUGCACCGAACACAUCACUUGGCCGACCUUGAAGCAAUUUUCGCCGUCUUUACCGAACUUCGGGGAGUUGCUUGGUCAAUUUCAAAUUCCCGGCGCGGGUCAGAUUCCCGGUAUCAGCCAGAUUCCUGGUAUCGGUCAGAUUCCUGGCGCGGGUCAAAUCCCUGGUAUCGGUCAGAUUCCUGGCGCGGGUCAAAUCCCUGGUAUCGGCCAGAUUCCUGGCGCGGGUCAAAUCCCUGGUUUCGGCCAGAUUCCUGGCGCGGGUCAAAUCCCCGGUAUCGGCCAGAUUCCUGGCGUGGGUCAAAUCCCCGGUAUCGGCCAGAUUCCUGGCGCGGGCCAAAUCCCCGGUAUAGGCCAACUUCCUGGACAGAUUCCGAAUUUACCCGGAUUCGGAAAUCCUUUUGCCGAGAGACCCAGUCUACCACAAUUUCCUCUUCCUCAAAUCCCUAUGUUACCGGGCGGAAUUCAAACUGGCAUUCCUCAGUUUCCAGGAUUGCCUAGCUUUGGCAGCCUAAAUUAUCCGCAAUAUCAAAUCCUGUCGGACGCGCCGCAAGAGUCGAAGUUGCAAGAGCCAAAGCCACAGGAACCGAAGCCGCAGGAGCCGAAGGAGCAGGUUCAGUCAAAAGUUACGCAUGCGGUGAAGGCAAACCAGAUAAGUGGAGAAUCGAGGGCUUCGAAUACUCCGUCAGUAGACGAGCAAGGAGUCGUUCCCGGAUAUCUUGGACAACCGUCGGACAUUCUCAUAGAUGUUUCCAAGGAGAGAAUCCACUUGUCUGAACUUAAGCAAAGUCCAUUGUCGGAAUCUGUUCUCCCGAGCGCGUCAUCUAAGAAACACGAAAGGAGACGAAGAAGUGCCGAUCAAUUAUUAAAUUCUUAUUACGAGACCGAGGGAGAAAUUGAACGGGCUUCGGGGACGGCAAUGGACAGCAUGUUCCCGAACAUCACAGAAUCCGAAUUUCUUCAGCUUCUAGUUAAUAUUUCGAAAUUAGCAAAAACUUUGAAAAAAGAACCCGAAGAGAAACCGAAGGAAUACUUUGUGGAUACGUUAAAUUACACGGUCAGAAAUUCUUUAACCGCCGAUCAGUACGAGAUCAUGAAGCUGGUGGAAGAUUUAAAUGAGCACACUGCGAACCGCGGUUUGCUGUCGCAGGUUGUUCAAUGCGCACUCAGCUUGAGUUUCAUCAGAUGCGUGGGCAUUUUCGUCUGGCCAGUAAUCACUAGUACCGUUCCAACUUUGAUCGGCUUGCUGCCCUUGCCCACACUUCCUUUCAUCGGACGAUCAACGGAGAUUGAAGUACAGCAUUUCUUCGGCAUGUCCACGAACGAUUUCGAGAAGGAAUUAUUAAUGAGAAAGGAAUCUAUGGAAAAUACCUUCUUGGAAUGGUACAAGACAGCGGUGGAAGACAAGUUUCAGGUUGAUCUGGGUUUCCUGAAGUUUACUGGUUACGGGAACGGCGAGGUCGGUAUUAGUUUCAGUGGAUUCCGCGAAGGUAGAGCUACGAAGAUCAAAGACAACAAGAAUUUGCCGAGUAUUCUGACGAUCAUCAGCGACAUCAUGGAAGAGGUACUCGAUCAGCGGCCGGACAACGAGAAGCUCAAGAAGGAAAAAGAAAAGAGAGAGAGGAGCCUGGACGACGUGCAAGAGGCGAACUUUCAGCUUCUGCAAGAGAGCGACGAGUACGCGGGCAUAAAGCGAUCCAUGAACGACGAUCAGAUAAUCACCAUGUUUCUGGAUAAAAUCAAGGCCAACGCGACAGAUUUCGCCGAUGGUGAUGUCGGUCAGUUCCUCAACGUAGAGAACGCACACAACGCCUUCAGCGUACUCUUCGGGACCCGUUUGAACGAAAAGUUUGCGAGCAGACUAAAAGCCUUUACCGAAGAGCACCUUAAAAAAAGUAAUCCCGGGAAGCAUGUAAAAAAUCAUAGCACGGAGGAACUAAAAAUAAUACCGUUGAAAGGAGAAAUGACCUACAAGCUUGAAAAAGAAUCUAUGGAGAGUGACGAGGACCGUAAAAGGGAACACCGUGCGAAGAACGAAUUCAGAUCUUUGCUGGAUGAGUAUUCAGAGAAGUUAGCAAAGAAAUCGGAAAUUUCUAUGGAGAAAAUUGAGAAUUCAGAUAACGAAAAUAGGAUAAAGGACCCUGAAUCGUCCUCCGAGAAGAAUACACGCUCUGAACUGAGAAUCCAGUUGCCACGUUUGCGAGACGAUAUUAUAUCCAGGAAAAUCACGAGCGCGGCGAUGCAUCUCGGAAGAGCGUUGAAGAUGAAGAUGACCCAUUUGAUGCCCGGAAUCGGUUUCGUAAUAACUUUCAUCAUUCAAAUGGCCUUAGCUCACGCGAGAGCGGCUGCUUCCAUGGCUGGUAUGAUCAGCAACAUGGCCCUUGCAUCGGCCAUGUUCGGUAUGAUCCGACAGAGUGUAUUCGGAUCAGAAAAUCCGAAAAUCAAAUAUGUAUACGAUAAUGAUAAAACGGGUCCGGGAAUUACUUGGCCACAUCAUCAUAGAUCAUAUUAUCACUAUGAAAAAUAGUAUUUUGAUUUGUCUGAUCAAGUCUACUUAUCGUUCUUAAUGGACACUAUAUUAAAAUCUUACGGGUCCGGGGAUUUCUUGGCCACAGCACCAUAGAUCAUAUUAUCAUUAUGAGAGAAAUAAUAUUUUUUUGAUUUGUCAAUCAAGUCUACUUAUCGUUUUUUUACGUAUACUAUAUUAAAAUCUUAUAUUAAAUGUGCCUCGUUAAGAACUUUAUAUACGUCUCUGUCGUUACAGACUUUCCUCGAAGUCUGAAACAAAUCGGAUUAUAUAUUGGGUUAGCUUUAAUUCUUUAUAUUAUUAUCGUUGUGAUCGCAUUCAUAAGAGAACAUAAUUUUCAGAUAAUUACUCAAUUUAUCUAACGAUUCUUUACAUAAAAAGAUUUCAUUAUUUCCUGGAAAGAAAUUAUAGUCAAAAAAUUAGAUAUCAAUUGUUUCUGUAGACAUGUAUACAUCCACGACAUUGUCUUUCACGAAAUAUUUUACUUACAUUAUACAGCAACACAGAAUUCAAAUAAAGUAUAUUUUCAAAAAUUAGAAUAGAGAUAAUAUUUAGAAUCUGAAGAAACGGAAUUUUCGUAGAUGGUUAUGGAAACAAUCCCUCGCAAUUUUAAUCACAUGCGCCAUUUCGCUAGAAAUAUUUAUUUCAUUGUCAUAGGGGUUUUAUGGGUGGUGGGUGAAACUUUAUCAUAUUUUCUUAAAGAUUAAGAUAUAACAAGCACGGCAUUAAAAAUUAUACAUAAUACAGUUAUAUCGCAGAAAAACUAUUGAAUUGCUAGCGUAGAUCUUAAGACUGAUAUGUUCUUAAUAUCUGAUUAAAAAUAAAUGAAUUGUAUCUAUCUUGUAUAA